AUGGCUCCCGAGUUUCGCAUCCAAGUCGCCGACCUACCUUUUCCGCACAAAGACUACAUCGAAGCCAACGUGCCUGUCUUUGCACCCCAGUCAGAAUAUCUUGCCAACCUUCAACCUAUUGCCAUGGAGAUCUACCACCAGUUUCGGGCAAAUGAGUGGACAGACGCGGACUGUUACGAACACUUCAUCGCCAUAGAAAAAUCCAUGGGAUUCCACAGUGAAUGGCUUCGUCAUAAGGGCUGGGAGGAGCAGAAAGUCCAGGAUUGGAAUAAAGCUUGCGAGGAGGGCUCUUGCGUGUCAGAGAUCCAUGAUACCACGCCUCAGACUCUGCGAGAGGAUGGAUGGGCGAGCAGAAGGAAAUGA